GGGGCCGGGCGGCGCAUGCGCGGCGGAGGAGGCGCAUGCGCUAACACUGGUCGCGUGGGGUCAUGGCGACCUACAGCGUUGCCAACGAGCGGCUCCGUGUGCUAGAGGAUCUGGAGCGCGAGAUCGGCACCUCGCUGCAGAGCGCGGGGAGCGUGAUCCUAGAGCUGUCGAAGGAGAACCCAGCCACCCAGUUCAGUGCCUCCAUGCAGAAGGUGGAGUCAGAGCUGUCGGGCCAGAUCCGCUACCUCACCCAGGUGGCAACAGGGCAGCCACAUGAGGGGUCCAGCUACUCGGCACGCAAGGGCUGCCAGAUGGCACUGAAUCGCGUUGACUACGCCCGCCUCAAGCUGGGGGAACUGGCUCGCACCUGCGAGCACAUGCUGGAGCAGUAGGGGGCGCCAACACCCCGCAGCCCCCUGCCGGCACUGGGUGCCACACAGGGCACAUGGCAAGAUGCAGAGAGAGAGAGCAAGCGGUACAUAUCCUGUGCACACUAGACAGGACGUGCUAUGUCAUGCCUGGGCCGGCCGUAGGCUAUAUUUCAGACUGGACACACUCUGCUGGGGAGUCAGGUGCCCCACUGGACACAUGCUAACAUAGGACACGCCCCAGAGUGUGCCAGCCUCUCUGCUAAGGAUCAGGCAAGCCAUGGGAGGACACAGGACCCCAGACCGGCGCGACGUGGGAUCAACACUCUCUGACACAUGUUCCUGUCUGGGCACACAGUCUCUGUGUGCCAGGAACACGCUGCAACCUGCAUGGCCAGCAGUGCCUGGCUCUCCCCACCCCUGUGGCUUAGCACCCUGGUGGGGUGGGGGGAGGAGGGCACCAGGAGGGGGUCUCUUUUUCUGCUGCCUGUGUUAAAUACAAGGGAAAAACCCCAGAUGAC